AUGGGCUCCUCUUCACCAGCCCUGUCGACCCUCGCCGGUCCUACAUAUGUGACCGCCCAGACCCUAAUUCAGCAGGUUGCUUACGCCCUCAGCGACAAGAUCUUCUCCUACUCCCCGGAGUCUUUCGAUUUGGACGCUGCUAUCCGCGAAUGGGCUUCUAAGCAGGAGGUCAAUGCCAAUGGCGACGCCCCGGCCGUCCAGGCUAUGGAGACUCGCCAGGGUGCCGGAAACAUCGCUCUCGGAUACCUCUUCUCCCAGGACUUUGACUUGAAGAAGCGCCACGUUCCCCAGGGCAUUGUUGCUUCUUCCGCGACCCUCCCGUACAUGCGCUCUGCCCUGGAGCAGCUUUCUCUGCUCUACUCUGUCGCCAGCCCCGUUGCCGCUCACGUCGCCGCGGUUGACUACUCUGGAGAGGAUGGACUGGUUUCCGAUUACGUUUCCGCGCUCUCUCUCGCCGAAGAGCUUGGGCUCGGUCUAGUCUCCAGCGCCUCUGUUCACGAGUCGCAGCACAUGGCUCUCUUGACCACAUUGCUUGCCUCCGUUCUGCCCUCCAUCCACAUCUACGACGGUGUCCGCGUUGGCCGCGACAACACUCGCGUCAUUGACGUCCUCGACCAGGCUGGUCUUGGCCGCGCCUACGAGACCGUUCGCAAGACAUUGGAAGACCAGCGCAGCCGCCACCUCGACAACCAGGGCAAGAUGCUUGAGCUCAUCCGCGCAUUGAACGGAGAGCUUGGCACCGACUAUGGUGCUUUUGAGUACCACGGCCAUGCUGAGCCCACCUCCGUCUUGGUUGCUUUCGGUACCAUCGAGGCCUCCCUCACUGCUCAGGUCGCUCGAUCUUUGGCCAAGGAUGGUGUCCGCGUCGGCGUUGUAAACGUUCGUGUUUACCGUCCGUUCGUCGAGGAGGAGUUCCUGAAGGUCCUGCCCAAGUCCGUCAAGACCGUUGGCGUUCUCGGGCAGGUUGCCAACGAGCAGGCCGUGCAAGAGCAGGGUGUCCGCUCCACACUAUACGAGGACGUCCUUGCGGCUCUCACUUUCGCCACAGACCGCGAGCAGGUGCCUUCUGUUGUCGACAUCAAGUACGCUCGCUCCCAGCGCUGGGACCUGAUCAGCAUUGCUGCUUCUUUCCAGCUUGUCUCCGAGAAGCCUAUUGUCCAGGCCGACAGCACUGUCGAGCCCCUCCAACUCUUGGACCCCGCCACUGUGCAAGAAUUUACCUUCUGGGAUGUCGACACUUCCGCCUCUAACGACGCCGCUACCCUUCUUUCACAAGCGUUGGCUGCUGAUUCAGCCAGCAACAUCACCACCAGCAAGACCUUCGACAACCUGAUCCAGGGCGGUGCCGUUCGUGUGGACAUUCGCAAGAGCUCCAAGACCCUGGAUGCUCCUUACGCGGUCAACCUGGCUGACGCUGCCUACGUCGGUGACAUUAAGCUCCUCGGCGAGAUUGACGUCCUUGCUUCCGUCAAGUACAACGCUAAGCUUAUUCUCAACGUCUCCAGCGUCAAGGAGGAUGAGCUGGAGAAGAAGCUCCCUGCUGCCUUUAAGCAGGCCGUCGCAGAGCGCGGCAUUUCUCUCCACCUCCUCGACACAUCCGUCCUCGAAGACUCCACCCUCGAGCCUCUUGCCCUCCAGGUUGCUUUCUUGCGCCUCGCUCUUCCCGCCCUUGAGGAGUCCAGCGUCAAGAAGCUCGCUUCCCUCUCCGGCAAUGCCGAGUCCUUUGAGAAGGUCAAGGACCUUGAGAAGGUUCUCCGCCAGGCUGAGGUUCCUGAGGCCUGGAAGACCCCCGAGGAGGGUGCUCAGGUACCUCAGCUUGUCAAGGAUCUGAAGCCCAACAGCUUCGUGCCCUUCGACAAGGACGAGACCGAGCCUGCCACUUUCCUCAAGGACUGGCAGACUGUUGCCAAGGGUCUUGCCUUCAAGGAGGCUUACGGUGCCAAGACUGCCCUUCGCCCUGACCAGACUACCAAGACCUACACUGUCCACGUCAAGGAGAACCGCCGCUUGACCCCCGUCACCUACGACCGUAACAUCUUCCACAUCGAGUUCGACCUGGGUGACUCUGGUCUCACCUACGACAUCGGUGAGGCUCUCGGUGUACACUGCGAGAACGACCCCGAGGAUGUUCUUGAGUUCAUCAAGUUCUACGGCCUCAACGCCGACGACGUCGUCGAAGUCCCCAGCCGCGAGGACCCCGCCGUUCUCGAGAACCGCACCGUCUACCAGGCCCUCAUGCAGAACGUGGACAUCUUCGGUCGUCCCCCCAAGCGCUUCUACGAGGCCCUGGCCGAGUUCGCCUCCGACCAGAAGGAGAAGACAGACCUCCUCACCCUCGGCGGGCCCGACGGCGCCGUCGAAUUCAAGCGCCGCGCCGAAGUCGACACCGUCACCUACGCUGACAUCCUCCUCGAGUACCCGUCCGCCCACCCCGACUUCCACGACCUCGUCCGCAUCGUCUCCCCCAUGAAGCGCCGCGAGUACUCCAUCGCCUCCUGCCAGAAGGUCACCCCCUCCAUCGUCGCCCUGAUGAUCGUCGUCGUCAACUGGACCGACCCCCGCGGCCGCGACCGCUUCGGUAUCUCCACCCGCUACCUCAGCCGCCUCCAACCCGGCACCCCAGUCACCGUCAGCGUCAAGUCCAGCGUCAUGAAGCUGCCCCCCAAGUCGACCCAGCCCAUCAUCAUGGCCGGUCUGGGAACAGGUCUCGCCCCCUUCCGCGCGUUCGUCCAGCACCGCGCCCUCGAGAAAGCCCAGGGCAAGGAGAUCGGCGCUGUCCUCCUCUACAUGGGCUCCCGCCACCAGCGCGAGGAGUACUGCUACGGCGAGGAGUGGGAAGCCUACCAGGAAGCUGGCGUCAUCACUCUCCUCGGCUGCGCUUUCUCCCGUGACCAGCCUCAGAAGAUCUACAUCCAGGACCGCAUGCGCGAGACCAUCCCCGAGAUCGUCCAGGCUUACAUGCGUGAGGAAGGUUCCUUCUACCUCUGCGGUCCUACCUGGCCUGUUCCUGACGUUACUGCUGUUCUUGAGGAGGCUAUUGCCAUUGAUGCGAAGAACAACGGCAAGAAGAUCGAGACCCGCAAGGAGAUCGAGAAGCUGAAGGAUGAGGAGAGAUAUGUUCUUGAGGUUUACUAA